AUAUGCAGCUAGCGCGGCGCUCGUUUGUGUAUAGUGCAUGGCGGCCUUGGUGUUGGCUGAGUGUACCUAUUAUUAGAAAAAAAACAGGUUGUGAGUACUAGUCCGGUUCGUAGAAGGAAUCUGUGUCAGAGUAGGUUUAACAUACCAUUACCAGGUCGGCUGCUUCUGUAUAUACACACACGAUAGUCCUGCGUUAGUUUUGUAUAUCAUCGAGAGUUGGGAGGAAGAAAAAAAAAAGAGCCACGAUAUGUCUUGGCUUCGUGUCUUGGUCUAUUUUUUUUGACGUGAUCAAUCCCUGAGCCAAUUAGCCAAACACAAGUGAAGAGCCGCGGAUAAACGAGGGAACUCCGAAGAUGGGAUACUUGAUGAUUCGUUCCAACUACGACUACGGAUUUCUGUCAGCCCAUCCUAUAUUCCAGUAGCAACAAGAACCUCUUGUUUGGGUGUAAAUAAAGAAAGGAAUACUCAAACGAUCAUUCCAUCUUCGAUCGGUCAUGUCCGUUCUAUCCCUGUUCCGGUCCGUGUCUAGCUACUAUCCCGCGUCCCUGCGUCCGCCGCCACAAAGCGGCGACUUGGAAGAAGACGAGAGGGCUUGGUGGGACAAUGGUGAAGCCCUCAUCGACAGCGUCGCCUACAUGAUCGACGAGAGCAACCACACGUCCGCUCGCUGCCCCUUCACCACGAGAGAGGGCAGCCCGGAGCAGCUUCAGGUCACCUUCUUCCUCGCCCCGCCGCCGCAUGUUUCCUACUUCUCCAUAGCCUACACCAGCGGCGAGCCCACCCGGUUCGUCUACGAGCCUCGGAUACUAGCCACGGCGGGCAAUCUCGCCCUCAUCUGCGCGAGGCACGGCCCCAUCUCGCUGGGCAGACCCACCAACUACAACUUUUUCGUCUACCAUGCCCCCACCCAUGUCCAGGAAUCCCCCAGGCUAGGGCUGCUUCCUCACCCGGAGCCCGACCUGUUUCCAUGGGGCAGAUACUGCUACUUCACUCAGGGAAAGGUUGGCAUCCUCCGCUACCGCACCAGGAGCCACAGACCCCCCUUCAUCAUCACCUACACUACUCCCAGAAACGACGAAUGCGAUGCCUACAAAAUCGCCACGAUUUAUACCCGAACCGAGGAAUCAGGGAUCACGGACUACGACCUCUUCAUCUACGAUUCCAAGACUGAGGCUUGGACCCGCGACGCCACUGUUUUUCCGCGGGAGCCUCCUCGACAUUUUAGUUCCGACAGGGUCGUCACCAUCGCCCGCACCAUGGUCUGGGUCGACCUAUCGCAGGGCGUGAUCCUCUGCGACUUGCUGCACGCGCCGCCCGAGGAGGAGGAAGGCCGCCCGAGGCAGCUUCGCUACAUCCCGCUGCCCAAGUCGGUGAGGCCACUAGGCCCGCGCGAAACCCGGCCCGUCCUUCUCCAGGGAUGUCGCCGUCGUUGAUGGCCGCGUCAAGUUCGUCGCGCUUGAGAUCGACAGAAGCUGCCCGGGCCGGUGGACCGCUUCUACGUGGAGCAUUUCGGUUGGCGAUUCAGAGUUUCGAAAGGACGGGGAGGUGAAAUCUGCUGAUAUUGGAUAUUGCUGUAUCCUCGGAUGCAAUGGAUCUUGGCCACCCAACUCUCAGCUCCUGCCAUGGUGAUGUUCUCUACCUCAUGGCCAAGGCUAGCCUAUAUGCACUUGACCGCGAGUCGAUCGUGAUUGCUGUUGACAUGAAGAACAUGAAGGUGGGGCGAGUUGCCAAGUACACCAUGCAAAGACAAGGCUGCAUGAUCUUCGCCUACAUGCACACUACCAUCUCCAAGUAUCUCGCUCCACCACGAGAUUCAAAAGGUAACAUGAAACGACGAGGGCAGAUCUUGCUGGGUUCCUUUCACAAGAAGCCGCAUGUGAUUACUUUCAUGUCCGGGCAUGGCGACGACCAAGUGGAAGGAGCGGAUGAUCACAUGUACGAUCUGCCAUCGAUGAGCGACGAUGAGGAUAAUAUGGACUUGGGAUAAGUCGUUGGCCGUAUGGCACUGCUUUUUCAUAAGCUCUGAAUAUGGUAACAAGAAAAAAUGGUAUUAUUGUGAUGGCACACACACUAGGGGAA